AAUUACAGCCUUACAGGAUCCAGUCUUAGGAGUUAGAGGCAAACCUCUCUUCUAAUUCUCUCAGAGUCCUCCGUAGUUCUUUCUGCUCUUUUCUUUUUCUCAUGACCACAAUGCUUGCAGCUAGCUCUGUAGUGAACAGCAACCUUCCUUGCUCAUCAAGGAUAUCAUCCUGCUCAGACUUCACAUCUGGCUACUCCUGGCGUCCUAUAGAGGCUGCAAGACUCCGCCAGACACGCACUUCGCGCUCGCUGCAGAUAACCUGCACUGCCACAAAGCCUGCAAAGUCUCCAGGUACUGUGAAUAGGCUCUUCAUUUUCUUGGGUAGUUCUGUUGAACUUCUGCAAGUGCAAGAUAUUGUUUUUUUUCUGUUUUUCUCAUAUACAGCUGAAGAAGAAUGGAAGAUCAAGAGGCAAGUGCUAGUAGAAAAGCGGGUCCGAAGUGUUGAUGUGAAGGAAGCAUUGCGUCUUCAAAAGGAAAACAAUUUUGCAAUUCUUGAUGUCAGGCCAGAAGCAGAAUUUAAAGAGGCACAUCCACCUGGUGCUGUUAAUGUGCAAAUUUAUAGAUUGAUAAAGGAAUGGACGGCAUGGGAUAUUGCUAGACGUGCUGCAUUUGCAUUCUUUGGCAUAUUUUCUGGAACGGAAGAGAAUCCUGAGUUCAUACAAAGUGUUGACGAGAAACUUGGUAAAGAUGCAAAGAUUAUCGUGGCAUGUUCGACAGGAGGAACAUUGAAACCAACACAGAAUUUUCCUGAUGGGAAGCAAUCCAGGUCUCUGAUUGCAGCAUAUUUGUUGGUCCUGAAUGGUUACAAGAAUGUGUUCCAUCUAGAUGGAGGACUCUACACAUGGUUCAAGGAAGGCCUGCCGGCAGUUGAAGGAGAAGAGUAAGCAUGUGGAAUAUGUUGCUUGUUACUGUGCAUAUCACUAUUCAUAAACAAGGAGAUGUGAUGAGUUGUGACGAGGCAUCUUCACGGAUAAAUAGUGCAUUAGUUUGAUCCUUUCUUCUUCCUUUCCCGACCUAGAUGUCCUAAGCGUGUGGUUGUGUUUGAUAACAAGCAUUAUGAUA